ACGGACGGGCGGGCGGACGCACGGCAAGGACUUCCGCCACCCCGCCAGUGCCACGGCGCCCGUCUUCGCGAACGCUACCGCCGCCGCCACCGCUUCGCAGCCGCCGCUUAAUCAUAUCAGCGUCGAGACUCACGGGCGGCCGUCGGCGUCGGUUUUCCAUCGCCCAGCGAAGGAACCGGUUAACGCGGCGCGGAGAGGACAAUCGGCGCAGCUUGUCUGGAAGGAGGAUCGCUGGGGUUCGCGCGUGCGAAGAUGGCGCUGCCCGAGGAAGACCCCGCCGGGCGCCUGGUCGAGAAGCGCAGCGGCCGCCUGCUGGAGAUGGCCCUGGCCAUCAAGAUCCAGGAGGCCGUGCUGCGCGCGGCGCUGGAACGGGAGGAGGAGAUGAAAAAGUUGUGCGCGUGUGUGCCCUCUGCUCCUUCGGGGCGGUCCGCCGGUGUCGUAAUCCUCGACGGGAUACGUCGUGCAGCCGCUGUGUGUUACGCAAGGCAUCGAAGACUCUUCGGCGGAAGAGGAAGCGGCGGCGGCGGCGGCGGGGGCGGCGUCUGCAGCGGCGAUGGAAUCUCCGCGUGGGAGCGUUGCCCGCGGCACAGCGGCGAGCUCUGCUGGCGCCCCUGGCGACCGACGGCGGCGGCUCCAGAUGGAUUACGGGCGAGUGGCGCUCGUGGCUUGCUCAUUAGCUCAUUAAGCGACCUACCCCGCAAUUACGGCCCAGGUAGAGGAGGAGGGGAAGAAGACGAAGAAGAAAAAAAGCGAAAAGAAAUGAGAACCCAGCCAUGUUUGGCUCGAGUAUCACUGUCAGAUCUUCGAAUGCCAUUGAUUUGGAGGGAUACAGAUCACUUUAAAAACAAAGGAGAUUAUCGUCGAUUUGCAGUUUUCUGUCUUGCCCGUAUUGGAACUGAAAUUUAUGACACCACCCUGUUAUGUCCUGUCGAUAGUAAUAAUAUUCCAUCUGACUUCGAGUUUAAACUAGAAGUUUAUAGUCAUAUUCUCCAGGAUGAUUUAAGUAUUGCUAGUACUCCGAGGAAAAUUAAGAAAACAAUACACAGCUCAAUUAGUCGUACUGUGGUGGACCACAUUUUGAAUUAAUGGCGACAGCCAGAUUGUCACUGGAUGAAGUACAUGAUAGUAUUCAUACUCAUGACUUACAAGUUGAAAACUUGGAGAACAGAAGUCAUCAGUUACCCCUGUUUGGUCACUUCUGUUGUCGCCUGGCAGCUCAACCUGACUGUAUCUCUCAGGAAGUUUGUUCUGGUGAUAUUUUGAUAUUAGAUGGAGAAAAUAGAGCAGGACAAUGGAGUCCUGUGUGGGCACAGUUACAAGCCUUUCGUCUUGAUGUGUGGAGCAAAAGAGAGGACUGGGAACAAGGACAAGAUCCACUUCGCUCAAUUACUGUGGACCGAAACACCCUAAUUCAACCCAAGAAAUCGAAGGAAAUCACUAUAUCCAACUUGCGUGAAGGCAAAGAAGACCCUUCCAUUAUACGGUUAAAGACAACAGAUGAACAGCAAAAGUGGAUUCGUUGUCUUGUGCAGCAUACUAAAGAUCACUUCAGGUGGAAGCAUGCUGCUGAAAAUGUGAUGGAAAUACAAUCUCCUGGCUCAACUAGACAUUCCUUCACCAGACAGUUAAGGCAAGGAUCCUUAUAUGAUGAAACCCCUUUAAUUGAAUCUGUCAAUUCGGACUACCAUCGGCCAACAGUUCAAGAGAUAUUUGGUAUGACUCCAUCCACUAGCCUGAGUUCUUGUGCCUCAUCAUCAUCAUCCCCUACAUUCCGUGAGAGGUCAUUCAGCUCUGGAGGCGGAAACAAAGGACGAGUAUCUGCCACUGGGACCGUUCGAUCACACUGGCCGUUUACUCGCAAUAAUCAAGAGUAAUGAGGACAGUUUUGCCUUUUCUCACUAAGUCAUUUACCCUCAAAGCAUCCUGUUCACCAUUUGUUGUACCUAUUUGUGAGUUGCUGCACUGAAUAUUCCUAGAAGUAUUGCAGAAAUAUUAGUAAGAGAAAUCCAUUCCAAACAACAGCUUUCAAUUCCUAUUUAUUUACUAAAUCAAUGCUCAAAUGUUUUUGAAGAAAUCUUUCAAAGAAAUUGUAAAAGAAUGUUUCAAACAUUCUAAGCUAUCUUUGACAGGUUACUAAAAUGAAUACUCUAAAGUGUUCAUGUGCAUUUGAUAUGAAACAUCAAUUGUUUAAUGACAAUGUAAAAUUACAUUGUGUAGUAUUAAAAAAUUCAAAAUAUACUCUCAUUAGUUCAAUAAUUGAUGUUGUGAUGUAAUUGGUAAAUGUUAAUAAGAUAGUUUCCCCAUGACUGAUGUGUAUAGAUUUGCUUGCCAACAAUUUGAAAAUGAUUCUCACCUUCCAUCAGCAUUGUGUAUCUGAUAAAAUGCGGAUCACAUGUCCUUCCCUAAGUGAUGUCCAAAAUAUCUGUGUAUGUGUAUCCUCUCAGAGAGAAAGAGAGCGAGAGAGAGAGAGAGAGAGAUUUAUAGUUCUUAUUGCCCACUAGCAUGCCACUCCUUCCCAAAGAAGACUAUUGUGUUCAUAAUGUACAUUAUUUAUUCAGGCAAAAUGUUUGUGUAUUGGUUUCAUUUAAAUAUUUUCCAUCUUGAAAGAGGAAGUUUGUUCCUUUGUGUUGAAGUGUAGAUAGUUGUUUUACUUCCAUUAUUUGUAAUUUUUAUACAUAACAGUGAAGAUUUUUGUUCAUAAUAGAUGUUACAUUUCAUGGAAAUAAAUAUUAAAUUAUGUACUUCAUAUGUGUAGCAAACAAAUACAUAAUUGUGAUAAAUCA